AUGGAGGCCAGUACUGGAUGUGAGCCAUCUGAACUUGUUCGUGGAGAAGACCAAGUUUACGAUGGAAACGAACGAAUCGGUGCUGGCAGCGGUGCGUCCAGGGGACUGGAUGGUGACCCUGGACCUUCAAGAUGCAUAUUUCCAUACUCCCAUUCAUCCGAGAUACAGGAAGUACCUAAGGUUCAUUCAGGGGGAGAAGAAUGUCAGAGCGGACCUGCUGAGCACGGAAGGGCAACUACUUCCGACGGAGUGGAUGCUGCAUCAAGAGGUAUGCCAGAGUCUGAGGAAACUGUGGGGCCGUUCAGUAGUGGACCUUUUAGCGACUGCAAUGACGAAGAGAUUGCCAGCCUACUGCUCUCCAGUCCCAGACCUUCAAGCAGUCGCGGUGGAUGUCUUCCUGUUAGAGUGGACGGGUCUGGAUGCUUACGCCUUUCCUCCGUUCAAGAUAGUAGGAAAGGUCAUGAAAAAGUUCAGUUAGAGUUACGGGACAAGACUCACUCUCAUAGCUCCCUACUGGCCGGCCCAAAAUUGGUUCACAGAAGUACUGGAAUGGACAGUGGACACACCAAGAACACUGCCCGCAGGAGUAGAUUUACUCAAACAACCUCACUUCGACAGGUUUCACAAGAACACCCUUGCUCUGGGUCCGACUGCGUUCAGACUAUCGAAAGACUUGUCAGAGCGAGGGGGUUUUCUAGAGAAGCGGCCAAAGCAGUUGCUAGAGCGCGAAAAUCCUCAACAAUCAAGGUGUACCAGUCGAAAUGGGAGACCUUCCGUAAGUGGUGCAAGAAGCAGAAGGUUUCUUCAUCCAGUACCUCUGUGACCCAAAUUGCAGACUUCCUCCUGUAUUUGAAGAAGGAAGUAGGUUUGUCAAAUCAAACUGUCAAGGGGUACAGGAGUAUGCUGGCCGCUGUGUUUAGACACAGAGGCUUAGAUAUUUCCAAUAACUUGGAUCUUAGAGACCUCCUCAGGUCUUUUGAGACAAAGAAGGAGCGUCAAUGCAGAGCCCCUUCUUGGAAUUUAGAUAUUGUCCUGAAGUUUUUAGGCACUAAUAAGUUCGAGCCUCUAAGAAGUGCAUCUUUGAGAGAUAUCUCGAAGAAGACCAUCUUUCUAGUUGCGUUAGCAACGGCUAAAAGAAUUAGUGAACUUCAGGCAAUCAAUAAAGAAAUAGGCUGGAAACACAACAAGGCAGUGUGCACUUUCCAGGAAGACUUCUUGGCCAAGAAUGAAAACCCAUCUAAUCCGUGGCCAAGGUUUGAAAUUAUGAGUCUUUCCGACCUUGUGGGUCAGGAACAGGAAGUGGUUCUUUGUCCAGUAAGGGCUAUGCGUCAUUAUGUGGAAAGAACCAAAGGUAUUAGAGAGACCUCAGGAUCCCUUUGGUGUUCAGUGAAAGAGCCAAGUAGACCCAUGACGAAAAAUGCUAUCGCCUUUUUUCUAAGAGAACUAAUUAAAGAAGCACAUAUGCUUUGCCAAGAGGAAAACUUCGGACUACUUAAAGUCAAGGCGCACGAAGUUAGAGCGGUAGCUACGUCCUUGGCGUUCAAGAAAAAUAUGGCCCUCAAGGAUAUAAUAGAAACGACGUUUUGGAGGACCAAUUCAGUUUUUGCCUCCCAUUAUCUAAGAGACGUCAAGACAACUUUUGACAACUGUCAAACGUUGGGCCCGUAUGUCUCCUCAGGUGCAGUAUUGGGCAAAGGAGUUUCCACCCCAUAA